AUGCCCCAUGCAGCCAUUCACGCAAUCCGGCUAACCUAUUUCUUGUUUAGAAUCAACUACCGAGAUGCCAACGGCACCCCUCGAACCUGGGAAUCCGCCGAGCGAAGCACACGCCCUGCCAACACGGAAAUCGACGGCGUCGGCAUAGUGGCCAUCCUCGACAAACCUACCGGCAAAGAAAUCAUUCUCCAGAAACAAUACCGCCCUCCAAUAGGCAUGGUCACGGUCGAGGUGCCCGCCGGUCUCGUCGAUGCGGGUGAGUCGGCAGAACAGGCUGCUGUGCGGGAACUACGUGAAGAAACAGGCUACGUCGGCGUGCCCACGGAGACGUCGCCCGUCAUGUACAAUGACCCGGGCUUCUGCAAUACCAACUUGCGAAUGGUCCACAUGAGCGUGGACAUGAGUCUGGCGGAGAACCAGAACCCCAAGCCGCAGCUCGAGGACGGCGAGUUCAUCGAGGUGUUUACCGUCAGGCUGGCCGACUUGUGGGAUGAAUGCAAGACGCUGGAAAAGCAAGGGUGCGCUAUUGACGCGCGGGUCGGGACCUUGGCCGAGGGAGUUUUGCUGGCCAAGAAGUUGGCGCUGUGA